AUGAUUGUAAUCUCCUCGACUAUGAAAGUCGGGGUCUUGAAAAUGAUUCGUGGUCGUGUGGUCGAUAUUCGCAGGCAAGCUACAGUUAGCUCGGCGCCUGUGGUUGGUGUUGAGAGAGAUACGGUUAGCUCUUUGUUGGUGGCGGUUGAUAAAGAUCGAGCUACGAUUAGCUCCUUCCAUGGGGGCACGUCAGACAGUGGGUUAUCCCUCGUAAGAACCCUGUCCCUAAUGGUUAGGGCUUUGUCGUUCGGGGUCGUCGUGGCACCGAUCCACCCUUCAUCGGUCAAAGGGUUCGCGACGUCGCCCUUGCCUUCGUCUGUCGAAAGUUUCGACACGUCAUUUUGGUGGAAGGAGGCUGCGUAUCCACCUUGUUGUGGCAGGUCAUGA